AUGCAAGGGAAACUGUUCCAGAUCUACCGGUGCCAAACAAGCACAGGCUCUGCCCACGGUGUGCCCCCGCCAGCCGCGCUGUGCCCGCGGGUCUGGCAUCGCCGAGCUCAGCUGUGCUCGCCCUCGGGUGCCGUGCAGGCAGAUCUGCCCCGGGACCCUCCGCCGCACCGGGCUGCCGGAGUUCCCCGCUGCCCUCCGCCGGCCGCUCACUCGAUGGUGACAGCACGGUGUGGAAAUCGCCCUCUUGUUACGGGGGAGAGAGGCCUCGUGGCACCAUCUGCACCUACAGGUCCCGCAAAUGACCAGAGCGAGCGACUGCCUUUUAGGCAGGCCUCGCAGGAGGAGCUGAAGGCCGCGUACCGCCGGCUGUGCAUGCUGUACCACCCCGACAAGCACCGCGACCCCGAGCUCAAAACCCAGGCUGAGCGGCUCUUCAACCUUGUCCACCAAGCGUAUGAAGUGCUUAGUGAUCCACAGACCAGAGCCAUCUAUGACAUAUAUGGGAGGAGAGGACUGGAGAUGGAAGGCUGGGAGGUUGUGGAACGAAAGAGAACUGCAGCUGAAAUCAGGGAAGAAUUUGAGCGUUUGCAGAGAGAGAGGGAAGAGAGGAGACUGCAGCAGCGAACUAAUCCAAAGGGAACAAUUAGUGUGGGAAUAGAUGCCACUGACCUGUUUGAUCGCUAUGAUGAAGAGUAUGAAGAUGUGCCUGGGAGCAGCUUUCCCCAGAUUGAGAUAAACAAAAUGCACAUAUCCCAGUCCAUCGAGGCACCCCUGACUUCCACAGAUACAGCAAUACUGUCUGGUAACCUUUCCACCCAGAAUGGGAAUGGAGGGGGAUCAAUUAAUCUUGCACUGAGACGAGUGACAUCUGCCAAGGGAUGGGGAGAGCUGGAGUUUGGAGCUGGAGACCUUCAUGGACCUCUCUUUGGGCUGAAGAUAUUUCGUAAUCUUACACCAAGAUGUUUCAUCACCACACACUGUGCCCUGCAGUUCUCAUCCCGUGGGGUCCGGCCCGGCCUCACCACGGUCCUGGCCCGCAACCUGGACAAGAACACCAUGGGCUACUUGCAGUGGAGGUGGGGCAUCCAGUCAGCCAUGAACACCAGUAUUGUCCGAGACACCAAAACCAGCCACUUCACUGUGGCCAUGCAGUUGGGAAUCCCCCAUUCUUUCAUGAUGGUCAGUUACCAGCAUAAGUUUCAGGAUGAGGAUCAAACACGAGUGAAAGGUUCUCUCAAGGCGGGUUUCUUUGGGACCAUAGUGGAGUAUGGAGCAGAGAGGAAGAUUUCCCGACACAGUGUUUUAGGAGCCACUGUCAGCGUUGGUGUUCCUCAAGGAGUGUCCUUGAAAAUCAAGCUGAAUAGGGCCAGCCAGACCUACUUCUUCCCUGUCCAUCUAACAGAUCAGCUGCUUCCCAGCGCCGUGUUCUAUGCCACUGUGGGACCUCUCGUUAUCUACUUUGCCAUGCACAGGCUGGUCAUCAAACCCUACCUCAGGGCACAGAAGGAGAGAGAGCUGGAGAAGCAGCGGGAGAACACAGCCAGCGAUAUCCUACAGAAGAAGCAGGAGGCUGAAGCUGCAGUCCGGUUAAUGCAGGAGGCAGUCCGAAGGAUAAUUGAAGCAGAGGAAGCCAGAAUGGGUCUGAUUAUAGUGAACGCCUGGUAUGGGAAGUUUGUUAAUGACAACAGCAGGAAGAAUGAGAAGGUGAAGGUUAUAGACGUGACUGUGCCUCUGCAGUGCUUGGUGAAGGAUUCUAAACUCAUCCUUACAGAGGCCUCCAAGGCUGGGCUUCCAGGCUUCUACGAUCCCUGUGUGGGUGAGGAGAAGAGUUUGAAAGUGCUUUAUCAAUUCCGAGGAGUUCUGCACCAAGUGAUGGCAGCUGACAAUGAGGCCCUUAGGAUACCAAAGCAAUCUCACAGGAUUGAUGCUGAUGGCUAAUCCGGGGAACACACAUCUCUCACCGUACCUGGGUCAAUGGAAAGUGCAAAACCUCCCCCGGAUGCUGCGAGUUUGAACAGAGACACUUUUAUUUUUACUGUCUGUAUAGCAGGUGGUGUCCUGCCAGUUCUGUUAGGGACAAAAGGACAGACCCUGCUGCUCCAGGUGGCUCCCAGGCAAUAUCUGAGUUGUGGCUUGGUACCCAAUAAAGCAGCGUGACUCUGA